AUGGCGCAACGGCAGGUGAGGUUAAUCCAGGCGAGCGGGUUCGACGCCGCCAAGUCCUUCUUUCAGCACGUCAAAGCCGCGUCUCAUCCGGCCGUCUACGCGGAGCUCCUCCGCCUCCUCCGGGGCCUCAGCACGGGCGAGACCGCCGACCGCCGCGACGUCGCGGACAAGGCGUGCGCGCUCCUCCGCGGCCACCCCGACCUCGUCCGCCGCUUCCACGCAUUUCUCCCCGACGAGCACGCGCCCGAGCCCGAGCCCGCCCGCGAAGACAACGCCACGGCGGUGGCUGCGCCGACGCGACCCAAAAGGGAGCGCCGCCCCACGGCCGCCGCCGUCGACGACGACGACGCCGACAUUCGCAGAGCCUUGCUGUUCUUGGAACGGGUGAAGAAGCGAGCGGGGCCGCUGUACGAGAGGCUCCUCGCGCUGCUCUUCCAGGUGGGCUCCGAUGAGACGCUGGACGGGAACCAAAUCUACAGCAUGGCCCGUGAAGUCUUCGGCUCCGCGCACGUCGCCCUCCUCCGCGAGUUCACGAAGUACCUCCCGACGGGGGCCGACUUUCCGAGGCGUCGCGCGAAGAAGGAGCCGCCGUUGCCGCUAGAGCACCGUGCUCCGGCACCGAAACGCAAGGCCGGCGCGGCCGACGACAAGCCGCCGAUCGCGGCGAAGAGGCCCCGCGCCGAGGGCCGGAAGACGACGAACAGCCGGCGCGCCAGUUCUCCCGCCGUCGUCGACGCACGGAAGAGCUCUGUGUCCAGGGACAGGGAGGCGUGGGAGUUCGAGACCACGUACACCAAGCUGGUGGCCACGAUCAGACGCACCGAGGAGCUACUGAAGCAGUACGACCCGCCCGAAGACGAAGACGCGCCGCCGCCGCCUCCACCCCGUGGCCACCGCGCGUUCGAAGAACUCUUCCCCGACCGCGAGUGCCAGGAGGUUCUCCGGGAGAUGUACCACGACAUGCUGGAGCCGAUCCAGGAGGCGCUCGAGGACGGCGAGCGGACCGAGGUGGCACUGAGGACGAUCAAGCGCAGGCUGGGGAUGCUGGAGCAGGUGGCCGUGAAGAUCGCCAUGGAGCGGCGGGAUCGCGCCCGCGUCGAGGCCAGGAUGUGCGAGCUCGCCGUCGAUCGGGUCCUCCGUCUGCGUAAGGAGGAGCAAGCUAGUGUACGUGGUCGCGUCCGGCCGGCACGGCGUGAGGCGCUGUUCAGCCAACAUUGCUCACCGUUGCCCGCCUGCUGA